AAACUCAACUUUGAAAAUAACAUGCCCUUGAAUUCUGUUUCUCUGAUUAGUUUUAUGGAUAAAAAGGUGCUGAUUUUCAAUCGAUAAAUAUCAUGGUUCAGUGCAGAGAUUUCCUGCAUAGACAAAAGAUAAAAAUCUCCUUGAUAUAUUCCUCAGUAUCCGAUUAUAUACCAUCAUCAUCAUGGGUGUCUUUACCUUCUCUGAUGAGUACACUUCCUCAAUCCCUCCAGCCGGGCUUUUCAAAGCCUUGAUUCUAGACUCCCACAACCUCAUUCCAAAGCUCAUGCCUCAGGCUGUCAGGAGCAUCGAAAUCACUGGAUGCGGAGGUGCUGGGCGCAUCAGGCAGAUCAACUUUGCUGAAGGUAGUCAACUGAAGUCCAUCAAAAACAGAAUUGAUAAGCUUGACGAGAAGAAUUUUUCCUAUAAAUACAGUUUGAUUGAAGGCGAAGGAUUGUUGGAGAAGCUGGAGAAGAUUACCUAUGAGGUCAAGUUUGAGCUCACACCAGAAGUUGGGAGCAAGAACAAGAAGAUGACAAGCACACACUGUGCCAAGGGAGAUUUUGUGCUCUCUGAAGAGGAAGUCAAGCCUGGUAAAGAAAAGGCAUUGAUUAUGUACAAAGUGGUGGAAGGUUACUUUCUUCAGAACCCUGAUGCUUAUGCUUGAAGCAUUACAUUAUAUAUGCCUAUGCAUGCUUUCCAAAUAAUGCUCAGGAGUCUAGCUUGCUUUUGGUGUUACGUUAGAGCUUUUGGUUUGAUUGCCUUCAAUAAGGAGUUUUGAUCCCCUUCUGAAUGUGGAUUGGCUCUAAUAUUUUCAGCUUACUGUAAUAGUGACACAUACAUAAUGUCCCUUUGUUUCAAUGUGAAUGUGUCUCAAAAUGUAAUCUUCUAUGCAAUACAACAAAUAAUUAUGU